UUCAGAGUUUAAAGAUGUAUUUAUUCUUUGAUUAUUAAAUCUUUCCAUUUUCUUUCAGGAUUUAACAUGGGUUACUUAAGUAGAUUUUCCAUUCCUGAAUUGCCAUGCAUGUGCAUGUCGUUGUAGUGCGUGGAUCAUUGUAGCAGCACACCUGUACAAGACUUCAUUUAUUUUAAAUUAAUUGCUUAGAUCUACGAUCAAAUACUACAAACAAAACUCGAACAUCGAAGGUAGAGAUGAAGUCAAGAAGUUGAAAGUGGUGAAGAUGAUGGUCUACCCAGCAGAACCGGUCUUGGAUUCCUCCUUCUAUUUACCUCCUCUACAUCACGCAGUUUUUCAAUUGCAGGAGAAUGAAGUAAAAACUUUGGUGGAAAACGGAGUGGACAUCAACGAACCGGCUGGAGAAGGCUUGACGGCACUCCAUAUUUCUGUGAGAAAUGAUUGUAGCUCGGUGAUAACUGAACUGCUCAUAGCGGCUGGAGCUGAUAUUGGUUGUAAGACUAGUUACGGGUUCACACCGCUCCACGAGUCUGUACGCAACUGUAGCGUGCUAAACACGAAACUGUUGCUUAAACACAGUGUAAAUUUUAAAACCCCUGAUUAUCAAGGACUAAGCCCACUAGAUUGGGCUAUUUACAACUUGAUGGAGACGAUGCACGGAGAUUCUCAUCUUAUAGCUAUUGCCUCCAAGAUUCUGGAGGAACUGCUCGACUGGGCAACUCCCUACUCUAAGGAAUCGAUGUCUAAAAUAUAUUUAAUGUUUGAUUUUUACUCACAGCUACGUGCCGUACGCGUUGUUUCAAGACAUUCGUUAAAGCUCAAGUGUGCAAAUUUGCCAUAUGAUGAUAGACUAUUGUGGGAUGAAGUCAAGUUGAUAUCCUACAAGUCAGCGUGUUUGGUGGAACUUGUGAGGAUGAAGUGCACAAAAGUGGAUGGUCACUCUUUGUAUUGUGUGUUCUCAAGUUGCAUCAGUGUUCUUUCUGUGACAGAUAUGGUGAAUCUUAUCUGGACUCCUGAGUUUCUAAAAGAGUUUCCUAUCUAUGGGUCUCUCAUGCAGGCGAAGUUUACAAAGAAGAAGAAAAGACAUGACUUGUUGAAUUUGGCUGAGGAGAGCCUUACAGAGCUGUUUGUGAACAGUGAGAUCUUCAUUCCUGAUAUGGUAAUUAGGAAGAUUUUGUCGUAUAUUAGUAACGAAGAUCUCCAGGGCAUAAUUGUAACUUAAUAGUAAACUUAUGGUCCAAUAAUUUUAGGACAACCGUAAGUGAACACAAAACUAUUUUGCAUUACUAUUUAUUACCACAAAAAAUCUUAAUGCAAAAUACACUUUCAUAUUCACUUACGAUUGUCGUAAAAUCAUUGGAGCAUAAGUUUACUAUUAAGAUAAUAUUGUGCUAAUUAUAAGUUAUGUAUGCAUUACCAUUUCCAAGCUGUAUAGUUUUGGUAACUAGCUAGAAUCAACGUUUAUUAUUAUCUUCUUACUUGUAAGUUUGACUAAUUGAUUAUUAGUAUCAUAAAAAUAAUCAGUCUCAAUAUUUAUAUUUACAUUUACAUUUGAACUGAAUUUGGACAAAAGAAAUUACUUAUAGAUCCUGAGUGAGAUGAUGGAAGCUGCUUAUUUAUUAUUUAUUUUAGUCAAACUUACAAGUAAGAAGAUAAUAAUAAACGUUGAUUCUAGCUAAUGACAGUUACCAAAACUAUACAGCUUGGAAAUGGUAAUGCUUGCAUACAUAACUUAUAAUUAGCACAAUAUUAUCUUAGGAGGAGAUUCUCAUCUUAUAGCUAGGUACUGCCUCCAAAACUCUGGAAGAACUGCUCGGAAAUUUGCAUAUUUGAGCGUAGUGGAUUCAUACAGUAAAAAAUUGUAUGUAUGUAAAUAUGCAUUUACAUUUCCACGUAUAUAAAUUGGUGGAUUUCGAACUGAAUUGAGACAAAAGAAACUAUUUUUUUUUAUUAUUUAUAAAUCCUGUAAGAUGCACUAAGACUUUUCCUCAGUUAAGAAAAGUAACAAAUAUAGUAUAACCAGGUAGCCAGUAAUUUACACUGUGUUUGAGCAACAGUUUAGUGUUUAGCACACUACAGUUGCGUACAGACUCGUGGAGCGGUGUGAACCCGUAACAGCGUGAAUGAAUUUUCUAUAUUAGCCUACAUCAUAAUAACACUUAAAAUAUACACUUCCAUUAGGCUACCUGGUUAUACUAUAUUUGUUUGACGUUGGUUUUCGUAUCUGAGGAAAAGUCUUAGUGCAUCAUACAGGAUUUAUAUAAAUUUCUUUUGUCUCAGUUCAGUUCAAAAUCCCCCAAUUUAUAGAUGUGGAAAUGUAAAUACAUAUUUACAUACAUACAUACAAUUUUUUACUGUAUGAAUCCACUACGCUCAAAUAUGCAAAUUUCCGAGCAGUUCAGUUCAAAUGUAAAUAUAUAUAUAUGUAAAUAUAAAUAUUGAGACUGAUUAUUGUUAUAUAAUCUUAUUACAGAAUGUGUAUAGUGUGUAUCAUGAAACCUACAGUGCAAUUUAUUAUAUUUAUUUUACAAAAUGGUGUGA